AUGAAAUCUGUUUUCUACAGUCGAUUCUUCAUUCUCCUACCCUGGGUACUGAUCGUUGUAAUUAUUAUAGAUAUUGAUACAAGGAGACCACCCAGCCCCGGCAAAGCCCCUGCUGUUCGGCAAUAUUCCCCUUAUUGGCAUCGCAGGGUUAGUCGUGCUGCACUGAUGCGCCCCCAGCCCAGUGACACCAGCCUAGGCACAUGGACCACUAAACAGGAGCAGGUUCCUAGCCAAGAAGGUCUGCUGUGGAAAAAUGAAAGCUCACCUAUAAUAUUUGCUAUCACACCCACCUAUAGCCGCCCGGUUCAGAAGGCAGAGCUCACUCGCCUGGCAAACACCUUCCGCCAGGUGCCACGCUUGCUCUGGAUAGUGGUGGAGGACUCAGCACAGCCCACCGAGCUGGUGAGACGCUUCUUGGCUGGGGCAGGUGUGAGGGCAACACACCUGCAUGUGCCCACCCCACGGAGGUACAAACGAGCUGGGCUACCAAGAGCUACAGAACAGAGGAAUGCAGGACUGGCUUGGCUCAGACAGCAAUACCAAACUCAGGCUCACCACACCCAGCCUGGAGUGGUAUUCUUCGCAGAUGACGACAACACUUACAGUCUGGAGCUUUUCCAGGAGAUGCGCACAACUCAAAAGGUCUCUGUGUGGCCAGUAGGACUCGUGGGUGGUCGGCGAUAUGAACGUCCAGUUGUUGAAAAUGGAAAGGUUGUGGGUUGGUAUACAGGAUGGAGAGCAGACAGACCAUUUGCCAUUGACAUGGCAGGAUUUGCAGUGAGUCUUCAAGUCAUCCUUUCAAGUCCAAAAGCUGUCUUCAAGCGUCGAGGAUCUCAACCGGGAAUGCAGGAAUCAGAUUUUUUAAAGCAGAUAACAAAAGUGGAGGAACUUGAACCAAAAGCCAACAACUGCACAAAGGUUCUUGUGUGGCACACUCGGACUGAGAAAGUAAAUUUGGCUAACGAGCCCAAACAUCCUCAGGAUACAAUUAAAAUUGAGGUUUGA